AACUCAUCAAAGUAAUACAAUCUUUCUGUGUACGUGUGUUAUUACAUAAGAAGCAGCAUCUCAGUCAAUUGCUGAGUAUAAAAGCAGCAGCUAAACUUCUUCUCGAUUAAAAUUCAACCGCAAGUCGUCAUUUUCCAAACGGUUACAGCACUACAGAAAUGAAGACUGGAGCCAUUCUUUUUUGCCUUCUAGCCGGCAUUGUCCUCUGUACAUAUUGGGACGGCUAGCGGAAAAAUUAUUACCCUGAGUGAUGAUGACAAGAAAUCGAUCCUCAAUGUUCACAAUAACCACAGGGCUUGGGUGCGCCCUACUGCAGCCAAUAUGGUUGAACUUGAGUGGAGCGAUUUGCUUGCAAACAUCACAGAAAAAUAUCUUGAAAACUGCAAAUAUUAUCAUAGCAACAAAGCUGAGAGAGACAAAGCAGCAGCUCCUUAUUUCUCUUCAGUCGGUGAAAACAUCUUAGCAUACACUGGAAGAAAAAUGUACAUCUAUUAUCUUAUCGAACUCAUGGCAGAAGAAGGAGAGUACUAUAACUAUCCUUUUUGUCAAUCAGGCAGAAACUGUCAUCGUUACACCCAGAUAAUCUGGGCCACUACAACCCACGUUGGAUGUGCCCUUGCCGAAUGUCCUACAGGUACGAGGGGUAAAACAAGAGAGAUACUCGUGUGCAACUAUGGACCGGCGGGUAACACUCCUGGAGUCAAUCCGUACAUAAAAGGAAGCACUUGCAGCCAGUGUCCAGUCGGCUAUGAUGCAUGCUAUUGGGAUUUGUGCCUUCCUGCUGAUACACUGUUGAAACGUUUUCCAUUCUAGAGGCCUUCAUUCAACUCAUCAGGAAUGGCUGAGAGAGAAACAAUGUCGUAGCUGUGAACAUAAUUAUAUGAACGUAAAGUUAGUGAGUAUAAUUAUUUACCAAUUAGUGCAUGGUUUAUAUAGUUCCGAAACAAAUGGCAGAUUCAGUAUAGUUUCUCUUAUAUUAAUUUCAUUGUAGCUGCUCUAGCCUGAUUGAAUGAUUGCUUUUUGUUUGGUUGACCUUA